UAGAGCAGCAGCUGCAGCGGUUCUUUCCUCACUAGUUUUGUGUGUUACCCCGCGCAUCUUUUCUGGCAAAAUACCACAGAAAGAGAAAACCACCGAGUUCACCCGCACAAUUGUUGUUAAUCCGUCGUCGUAAAUCUCUUUGAAGACAAAGAGUAUAAAGAUGCCUUCAGCGAUGGUUGGCAACAAUGCUGUCCCGUCUGCCAUUCCAGACGUUGGAAACGGAAGUCAAAGUCAGUCAGAGGCCAUGAAGCAGGUUAUUGGUGUAGUCGACAAGAAGCUUCGCAACAUGGAGAAAAAAAAGUCCAAAUUGGAUGACUAUCGAACAAAGAAGAGCAAAGGUGAAAGACUGAACCAGGAUCAGCUGGAGGCCUUGUCAAAGUACGAGGAAAUUCACAACAAUAUUGAGUUUGCUCGAGAGCUGCAGAAGAGCUUCCUGACGCUUGGCCAAGAGAUUCAGAAGGUGUUGAAGAAAACUGCAAGACGCGAACAGCUGCAGCGAGAGGAAAUGGAGCAACGGCGACUGAAGGCGAUUUUGGAGGUGCACUUUUUAUUGGACCAGUUGGGAGACGACAAUGUCAGGCAGGAUCUGAAGCGGCCUGGUGCUUCUGGCACCUCCUUGCUCACGGAUGCUGAUCUUGCAUCUCUCGACGAGUUCUACAAACUUGUCGGACCUGAUCGGAACUGUGACGUCAGGUUGAAUGAACAAUACAAAGAGGCCUCACUGCACUUGUGGGAACUGCUUGAGGGCCGAGACAAGGUCGUGGCAGGAACUUCAUACAAGUCACUCAAGGACAUUGUGGACAAGUUGCUGCAGAGUGGAUACUUUGACAGAGCACAAAGUGGUCACAAUGGAACAUGUGAAGAGGAAGAAGAGGAGGAGCAGGAAAAGCAAACAGUGGUGGCUGAUUGUAAUGUGGGGCAGCAGCCGGCUGAACCUGAAGGAACAGUUACUGACAAUCAUCCUGAAUUAGUGCAAUUUGAAACCACAGAGUUUGUAAAUAGACAAUUUAACCCGCGAAGCACUUACAGCCGUACAAACACAGAACAUGUGGAGGAGUGGUCAGUGGCUAUGCAGAUGGUGAAUUCCCUCAAGCACCAGCCCCCUGCCCAGAUGCCACAAGAACAGAGUGCUGCUGUGAACCAUGUCAGUCCAUCUCCGUCGACUGACCCGGUGGUCAGAAAGCAGGUGGUGCAAGACCUCAUGGCCCAGAUGCAAGGGACAUAUAACUUCAUGCAGGACUCAGUGUUGGAUUUUGAUGGUCAGGCCCUCGACCCAGCCAUUGUUUCAGCUCAGCCUAUGAAGCCUCCUGUACAAACUGUGGACCUGCAACAGUUAGCCUGUGCAUCAUCUCCCUCAAAGUCCAGACUUCCUCAGAUAAGUGCGAUGACAGGACCAAAAGAAGCCUUACAAGUGUUUAACAUGAGCACACCUGUGCCCCAAGCCGGCAGUCAAGCGAACCCUCUGAAGCGGUCACAGUUUCCUGGUGGUUAUAUGCAGAGUUUUAGUGGUCAGUCAGAAACUGCUGUGGACCAGCCUGACAUCCCACAGGAGACGUUACAAUCUGUUGUUGCUGGUUUCCAGCCCCAAGCCCAGGUCUUGCAUUCACCAUUGGCGCAUGAAGACUCACCGCCCAGUACAGGCUUUGGACAGUCAGGCCACUCCUUCUACAACAGCAGAGCCGUGCCACGGGGCAGCGCAAGGAACAGCAGAGGCGCCAUGAACGGCUAUCGAGGCUCCUCUCACGGAUUUAGAGGGGGUUAUGAAGGUUACCGCCCUCCCUUUUGUAACCCUCCCAGCAGUGGUUAUGGUCAAAGCCAAUUCAACACGGGGGCCCGGGACUACUCGAGUAACAACUACCAGAGGGAGGGCUACCAACAAGGUUACAAACGGGGAUCUGCCCAAGGGCCUCGAGGAUUGUCUCGAGGUAAUGCUCAGGCAAUGCGAUCCUAAUGACCGGCUCGUCGUUCCACAUUGAACAUUCAGGAGUUUUGAAUGUGUUCACGCAAAAUCACUUUUGUAAUGGUUCUUUUCUCAACGAUCUUAUUUUAAUGCAUAAUACUGAUUCAUAAUGGAUUAUCAGCAAGUAUGUCUGAUAUUAAACAAAUAGGUAUUCCUGUAAACUUGAAAGAUUUCAUUAAUUUAUUUUUUGUUCAAAAUAAAUGCAAAAAAAUAUCCUGCCACUGUCAAAAUGAUUCCCUGGAUAUUUGUCUCUGGCAUGUGCUGGUUUGUCACUUCCUCCUGAUUUUGUAUCAAUGACUAUUUUUUAACCUAUCACCAUCACCACUUUGUAUGCUGAUGUUAUCAUUCAAGACUGUUUCAAUAAAUCAAGCUGUGUUCUACUACAA